AAAAAAAGAAAAAAAAAAAAAGGGGGGGGCGGGGCGGAAAAGUGAGGAGAGAACAAAAAAAAAAAUCCUGUCAAAAUUCCCUCUCCUGAAAGAGAAACAGAGGCAUUAUAAUGCACUAGAACUUGAAUGGGGCAUUUGGCUUACCUUUCCCUCUUGCAAAAUGGAUUGGUUUCAUUGCAAUCACUGCUUUAGUCAGGAAACAUCUGACUUUUGUGUCACCAGCUGCGGACACAUCUUUUGCAAAAAAUGUGCUGGUUCAGAUAAGUGCCCGUCUUGUGGAACAAGCUGCAAAUAUUUGUUUCUCAACGAUAAUAUGAAAACAGAAGAAAAGAAGUUUUUCAAAAACCCAGUGGAAACUGCUCUCAAAUAUAUUACUCAAAUCUCUCAAGUGUGGAUGUUCCAGAAAGGUCAGAUGGAACUGCUGAUUUCUUUCCAUAAACAUAAAGCUUCAAAAUCCCAUGGGGCUCUGCAACAAGCUCUCCAGAAACUAACUAUCCAGGAAAAGGAGCUGGAGGCAAUACAGAAGGAGAACAAAGAAUUAAGAAAGAAAUACCUCAAUUUGAAGGCUUUUUCAAGACAACAUGAAGGUAGCAGAAACAGCACCCCACGACCAGUUGCCAUCACUCCCCCAUCACAAAGAGUUACACCGCGGCCUACUUUUCAGCGCUCCAGUGCAGUUGUCAGCCGCUCCUCUUCCAUGGAGUCCAUUUCUUCUAGAGGCAGCCACCCAUCCUACUGGCAACACCCCAUAGGAGCUUCAAGGAUGACUCCAGCUGACUCUGCUAAUGCUACUCCCUCUCCAGCUUCAACUCAAAGUUUAUUUUACAGAGCCUCUCCUUCCCAUACCCCUAGUUCAAGCAUCUUCAACCAACAGCCCCCAGUGAGGCGGCAAAAUCAGAGUGCUACCAAUACUGGGCAGCGACAGGAAACUCCUUACUUAAGUCUCAGCAUCUUCCCUGAUCAGAGAGAUGGAGCAUCUGUGCCAGAACGUCACAAUACUGAAAGGAUGCACCCAAUACAGCUGAGGUUCACCCCUCACACAACACCUUCAUUUAACAGCAGGUACCCAUCUGUCAGCCAAAUCCAUCAACAAUAAUGAGAAGAACCAAAGCCACUGUUCUUAAUCAGUAUAACUAUGGGCAAGUUUUUGACAAUCUGCAUUCUCUAUGUUUUGGACAUGUAUUGAAAAGUGAUUUACUAAUCACGUUCAUUCUCUUUAGCAUGACAUAAAACAUGGUAUUUCUGGUAAUAUAUCAGGUAUGGUAACAAGUGUUUGUAAGAUUCCUACUGGAGGAAAUAUAAUUAGAAGGCUAGAUGGUAGACUUUAUCUCAACAGUAGUGGUCUACUGUACUUGAAGCACUCAGUGGCUCCCAAAAUAAUUUUGCCUGGAGUGUGAUCAUAUGUUAAGAACAGCGCAGAUAUCUUUUGAGAUUGCUAGAGGAUAAAAUGCAUCUAGUAAAUGUUUGGAACAUUUGAGACUCUAUUUGAUCCUGCUUGCAUAUAAUAUAUAAUUAUUUUGUAUAUAACAAAGGUUGCUUUUUAAACACAGGGCAUAACAGUCCAGUCUGGGGUGGAAAACAUUAAUUUAAAAGAUGGAAAAGAAAAGUAUGGUUUAUUAAAAUCCAAACUCAUCACUGAGAAACUACAAAAUAAUACUUUAUGGCUAUUAAGUAACCAGUCCACAUGUCACUAUAUCUCAUGUAGCUCCUUCAAUAUAUUUUUUACAAGUUGUGAUCUUUAAACUGAUUCACACAGAAUUGUACAGGCCAUCUUUUCUCUGUGUGCAGUCUUCCAUUCUCUCUGUAAAAAACUCUUGGAAAAAUGGUUGAAUAAAUGAUUUAAAUUGGAAA